AUGAGCACAUUUUUGAAUUCAUGCCUUGUUGCCACAGCAAGCCAUUCCUUUGAUGUUCUGAUAGUGUACCAUUUGAGAUUAAGGUUGGGAUUGGGUAUUGAACAGUUCCUAGUUUCACCUUUGAACAUGAAAACAAUUGUACCUCUUCAUGUGCAAGGAGAAUCGGCAAACGAUUUCUGCGUGUUUCCUAAAGUGAAUUCGGCAAGCGAUAGCCCCAGAAACUUUCCAGUUUAUCUCAAUGUGUAUGACUUGACUACGGUAAAUGGUUAUUUCUACUGGGCUGGCGUUGGUGUCUUUCAUUCCGGAGUGGAAGUGCAUGGCGUUGAAUAUGCUUUUGGGGCCCAUGACUAUCCUGCAAGCGGCGUCUUUGAAAUUGAACCCCGGCAAUGCCCUGGUUUCAAAUUCAGAAAGUCAAUUUUGAUGGGCAUGACGUAUUUGAAUCCUAACGAAAUUAAAGAAUUCAUGGAGCGCCAAGCUGCAAAGUACUAUGGCAAUACAUAUCACUUGAUUGUGAAGAACUGCAACCAUUUCUGCAAGGACAUAUGCUACAAGCUGACAGGAAACCGGAUACCAAAAUGGGUGAAUCGGCUGGCUAACAUAGGUUCAUUCUGCAAUUGUAUUCUUCCGGAGUCCCUUAAAACAUCUCCAGUGCGACAUUGUGCAAAUUGUCAAGGCUUUGGCGGCAAGAUGAAGAUUCGACGAAGCUCUUUUGGCAGCUUUUCGUCGAUUUCCAUUCUCCGGAGAGAGAGAGAAGUGUCUAUAUCUUCACUGUUCUUACACUCCCACUAUAACGGCUGCCUACCUCCAUGGGAGUUGAAAACAUCUGCAAGUCAGUCUUCGAAGGAGGGAUGA